CCCUUAUCAUCUCUCUCAUCAGCUCCCAAGCUAUAGCAGCAGCCAAGUAGUAAGCAACACACAAGCACUUCCCCCCGUUGCGAUCCAUCGAGCUCCAAAAUCCCCCGCCAACAAGCUCGAUCGAUCGGCCACCAACAGCGCUAAUCUAGCACGCACCAAAUAACAAGCAAGAAGCUAAGAGAUGAAGAAGGCUUCGUCGCUCUCGGAGCUGGGCUUCGACGCCAACGGCGCGGCAUCGGGCUUCUUCCGCCCGGUGGCGGACGACGCCGGCGCCACGCCGACGUCGCACCGCCGGAGGCUAACCAAGGUCUCCGUCAUCGGCGCCGGCAACGUGGGCAUGGCCAUCGCGCAGACCAUCCUGACGCGCGACCUCGCCGACGAGAUCGCGCUGGUGGACGCGCUCCCGGACAAGCUCCGCGGCGAGAUGCUGGACCUGCAGCACGCGGCGGCGUUCCUGCCGCGCACGCGCCUCGUCUCCGACACGGACAUCGCCGUCACCCGGGGCUCCGACCUCGCCAUCGUCACCGCCGGCGCGCGCCAGAUCCCCGGGGAGACGAGGCUCAACCUGCUGCAGCGGAACGUGGCGCUCUUCCGGAAGAUCGUGCCGGCGCUGGCGCAGCACUCACCGGACGCCAUCCUGCUCAUCGUCUCCAACCCCGUCGACAUCCUCACCUACGUGGCGUGGAAGCUGUCGGGGUUCCCGGUCAACCGCGUCAUCGGAUCCGGCACCAACCUUGACUCGUCCAGGUUCAGGUUCCUCCUGGCAGAGCACCUCGACGUCAACGCCCAGGACGUACAGGCUUACAUGGUGGGCGAGCACGGCGACAGCUCGGUGGCCAUCUGGUCGACGGUGAGCGUGGCGGGGAUGCCGGUGCUCAAGUCGCUGCAGGAGAGCCACAGCAGCUUCGACGAGGAGGCUCUGGAGGGCAUCCGGCGCGCCGUGGUGAACAGCGCCUACGAGGUGAUCAGCCUCAAGGGCUACACGUCCUGGGCCAUCGGCUACUCGGUGGCCAACCUCGUGGCCUCCAUCCUCCGCGACCAGCGCCGCAUCCACCCGGUCUCCGUCCUCGCCACCGGCUUCCACGGCAUCGCGGACGACCACGAGGUGUUCCUGAGCCUCCCCGCCAGGCUCGGCCGCGGCGGCGUGCUCGGCGUCGCCGACAUGGAGCUCACCGAGGAGGAGGCCAGGAGGCUCCGGCGCUCCGCCAAGACGCUCUGGGAGAACACCCAGCUCCUGGGGCUCUAAUACUUCAUUAUUCUAGGUGAUGUGAUGAUGAGUCGUCGUGUGAUUCGCGAGCUCGCUCAUGACAGUCUUCUUCUACGGUUAAUAAUCCAGUACUUGUUAAUAUAUGUUGGUAAAUAAAUUUUUGUAAACACUUGCUUGCAUUGGUUGAUGUAACCAUGCAUGCAUAAUUUGCUCUCACUCAGUCUGUAACACCGUUGAGUUUUCUAUUUGUAUGCUUAGCUUGUUGUAAACUCAAGUUGAUAUAUAUUUUGCACUUAGCCCC